CUAUCCUAUUUUGGCUCUACUUUUAUCUAUAUAUAUUCAAGUCCCAAAAUACCCAUUCAUACGAAAUUGGCUUUAGUUUUUCUUUAACCAUAUAAUCCACUUUUCCUCUAUUCACUUGCAAAAAAUGUCUACCCGAUCUACAGGAUACUCUACCAAUGAAGAUAUGGUAUUAUGCCAAGUUUAUUUAGAUGUAUCUUAAGAUCCAAUAACGGGUAUAAAUCAAUCUAGAGAUAAUUUUUGGGGUCGAGUGGAAGAUGGGUACAAUAGUGCAAAGGAUGAGUGUUGGGAGUAUCGCAACAAAAGAUCGUUGGAAUGUCGAAUUAAAGUUAUUGAGAAGGCUAUAAGAAAAUUAAAUGGUUGUGUACGUCAAGUUGAAAAUUUGCAUCCUAGUGGUGCUUCAGAUAAAGAUAUUAUUAAUCAAGCAAAAUGUUUACUUAUGCAAGAUCCGAAUUACAAAAAAAGGUUUUAAAUUUGAUCAUGUGUGGGAUAUGAUGAAGGAUUUUGAGAAGUUUAAAGAUGUCGAUGCUGGAAGUGAUUCCACAUCAUCACAACGACCUAUUGGGGUGAAGAAAGCAAAAUUGAAGAGAAAAAUCGAAGAAGGUUUUUCAUCUGCUAUGCAAAUGGUCCAAUCAGAAAAUAAUCGGCUUGUUGAGUUGUUGGCAAAGUCAGGUGCAGACAGGCAGCGAGAUUUGGAGAUGAAAGAUAGAGAUUUGAAACUAAAAGAAUUUAAAGAAGAAAAUAAAAUUUUAUUGUCGAAUUUAGAUUCUAUUGGUGAUCCAAAUAUUCGUGAAUUUAUUCUACAAGAACAAAAACGAAUAAUGGAUAAAAGAAGUCAACAAUUUCAACAGCCACAACCACAACAAUCCUCAGCCCCAUACACUCAAUAUUUUAAUGAUAUUGGUGGAUCUGGAAACGACCUACCAGAGUUAUAUAUUCGAAAUUAUUAUCAUGGAACAAAGCCUAGAUGCCCAAUGGAACAUGGCCCAGAUGAGGGGGAAAGGAAAGAGGAUCAGGAGGAUCCCUUCAAAACCGCACAAGAUGCUCCUAAUGAAAUUUAUGAAAUGGAAUGCUAG